AUGCUGAGAAGGUCCCUGGGCGGUACCCUCAAGCGGGCGGGCGGCUGCGGCCACGGGCAGGACGCCUGCUGGGAGGCGCUGGCGGCAGCCCUCAACCACGGCCUUCCGUGUCCCUCCCCCCACUCCUCCCCUGCGCAAGAAGCAUGGACCGGCAGCGGGGCGGAAAACAAACCCGCCCCAGCCGACACCGAUCCCCCGUGGGGGCAGGAGCACUUGGGAUUGCGGACGCUGGAUCUGCGGGGGGUCCGCCUGCGCGCCGGGCAAGGCGGGGGAGCGGAGUGGCAGGCUGGCGCGAUCAUCGACGCCCAGCGCGCGCUGAGCUUCUUGCGCAAGCUGUCCGCGGAGCCCCUGCGAGCGGAGGAGGAUCCGGAGCCGGGCUGCGCGGCCAAGGUGGACGACGGCGGGCCGUUGGGCGACCCGGGUGACCGGGGGGCCCAAGGGGAGGGGGCGGAUCCCGGCGCGGGCAAACCGUCGCCGGAGGAGUGCGAUCGGGCUAUCGACGACUACGACAGGCUGCUGGAUAAAUCGUACCGGUCGUCGUUUCCCGCGAGCGCGGCGCCGAUAAGCGCCGCGGCCUCUGCGGCCGCGGGAGCGACGCGUAGGGCCGUCGUUUGGUGCUUUCGGCUGAUCGCCGGGAUGCCGCUGGCCUUCUGGGCGGCGCUGACGUCGCCCGCGGCCACCAAGGCGCGGUGGAUGCGGUCGACGUGGAAGAGCGUGAAGGAGGGGGCGAGGCAUUACUGGGUUGGAACCAAACUGUUCGUGACGGAAGUGGGCAUAGCAAAUAGACUCAUUUUUAAGAUUCUUAUGGGAAAGGAGCUAACCAGACGUGAGAACACUCACCUGAUGAGAACAGUGGCCGACAUAUUCCGACUUGUGCCCAUGAUUAUUAUGCUGGUGGUUCCCUUUCUAGAAUUUUUACUGCCUGUGGCUCUACGACUGUUUCCCAACAUGCUUCCCUCAACAUUUGAAGACAAGUUGAAAAAGGAGGAAGAAAUGAAGAAGCGGCUGGCUGCAAAACUCCAAGUGGCACAUUUUCUCCAAGACACUGUUGCUCUUAUGGCAAGGGAUCUGCGACAAAAACGGACUGGAGAUGUCCAGGCAUCAGCUGCAGAACUUUACCAAUUCAUGAAACGUGUUCGAAGGGGCGAACCUGUGGACAACAAUGACAUCAUCCGCUUUGGGCAGUUGUUCAAUGAUGAGAUUACACUUGACAACCUUGAUCGUGUGCAACUUGUGAGCAUGUGCCAGUUUGUGGGCUUAUCCCCUUUUGGCACAGACAGCUUCCUCCAAACCCGCCUGCGAGCGCACCUUGGCUACAUCAAGCGUGAUGACUUGGUCAUUCGCUCUGAGGGCGUGGAUGCCUUGACAGAAGAUGAGCUACGCCAGGCAAGUAGAGCGCGUGGCAUGAGGGCACCAUAUGGUGAAGGCGCAAGGGAGUUCAUGAAGGCUCAAAUGGAGGACUGGCUGGAGCUGAGUUUAGACAGGGCACUGCCAUCCUCACUUCUGCUGCUGUCUCGCACAUUCACAGUCACAUUGCCCAUUGUGGGCAUGGAGAAGAAGAAGGCUGUGGAACUGGAAAGCUUCAAAAACACACUGUCAACACUUCCUGAUUUUGUCACAGAAGAUGUGGCCAUGGAGGUCCUACGAGAUGAGUCCGAGGACAACACGAAGAAGCUGCAGUACAUCAAGCGUAAGGAGCAACUGAUUCGCGAUGAAGCUGAGGCACAGGCUCAACAAGAGCUGAAUAUAACAGGUCAACCAGCAGAGGCAUCUGAGGCGUCUCCAGGCAGUGUUGGCCGCUCCAUGGCAGCCACUACAACUGCCGCUGCGGUGGUGCAAGCGGCAGAGGCGCAGCUGCUGAGCGAUGCCUUCAAAUCUGCAUCAGAGGAAUCUGAAGAAGAACGUGCACACAAACUCGCAGAAGCCAGAGAGCAGAAAAUGAAGAAGGUGCUGAAUGCCUUGGCUGUGUUGUCAUCUAAAUCCGGAGUAAGCAGCGAGCGUUCGAAAUUCAUGGAGCUGGUCAAACGCGAGGUGAAUCGCAUACAAGAUGAUAUGAGCCAAAGAGGAGGCGCUUCUCUUCGCUUCACCAGCAGAGGGCUAGAGGCCUGGCGCCCGGCAGAGCUUCCAGAACUUCCUGGCGACUACAUAUCCAAGAAACUGGAAGGGAAGGUGUCCAGUAUUCUCCACAGGAUCGAGAAGGAACUGGACUACGUGGACCAUCAAAUAGGCGAAAAGCUCCACCUCUUGGACACCGACGAUGACGGCCUGAUAUCUCGUGAAGAGUUGGAGGCUGCACUUGGAUUUCUUGGGGAGCAGCUGGGACAGGCAGAGCUGCGGCAUUUGCUUGAAGAGAUGUGUGGUCCUAUGAAGGAUGACUUCAGCAUCGACGUGGAGCAACUCAUGCAGAUUGCAGACAAAAUGCGGGAAGAAAACAAAACACCAUCUGACAAAUCGACAAAGUCAGCAGCUGAGAUGGGCAUUCCUGGAUAG